AUGGCCCGGAGCAACAUUACCAAGCUCACCGGCGCGGCCACUCGCACCCUUCGCGCUUCGUCGCAAUCCCGGUUGAGCGUCCCGCGCCGCUCCGCUCUCCUCUUUGCUGCCUCCAAGCCAUUCAUCCCUGUUGUCCCGGUCCGCAAGAGUUUUACGACGUCGUGCAUUGCUACCCGCGGCAUUAUGCCCGAUACCGACGAUCCCAAGGUCAAGGAGACGCCCAAGGACGAUGUCAAGAUGAACGUAGUUGAGCUCACAGAUGCCGAGUACCACGAGCUCUCUGACGCUCACCUCGAGACCAUCGUCACACAGCUCGAGGAGCUAGCCGAUGCCCGUGAGGGCAUCGAUGUCGAGUACGCUGCCGGUGUUCUCACUGUUACAUUUCCCGACGCUGGCACCUACGUAAUCAACAAGCAGCCCCCGAACAAGCAGAUCUGGCUCUCGUCGCCCAUUUCAGGUCCCAAGCGCUACGACUGGGUUAUUGUCGGCGACUCGCAGAACGAGAAGGAGGGCACCGCCGCCGGCGCCUGGGUCUAUACCCGUGAUGGAAGCACCCUGGACGACCUCUUCCUGAAAGAGCUCGACAUCGACCUUAGCAUAGCCCCGUCGACCUACGGUGAGGACCAGUCGUAG